UGUCAGAUAGUUGCAAUGGACCUGGGAGAACCUUCACCACUUAGGCAUUUUGUGGUGGCAAAAAGGACAAUCAACGCUGUGUUUGAUCUGCUGCUGGAGUAUGUUAAAGAAGGAUCAGAGUUUGUGGAAGCGACAUGGCGUAGUCCAGACCUGGAGCAGGUUGCGGUGGAGGAGCAAUGCCUUGAGGUUCAGUCCUGCGCCAAAAAACUGGCCGUCAUCCGUGAGGUCCUGGCUCGCAGGCACAUGAAAGUGUCCUUUUUCGGCAGGACAAGCAACGGGAAGAGCACAGUUAUCAACGCCAUGCUGAGGGACCGGGUGCUGCCCAGUGGCAUCGGCCACACCACCAACUGCUUCCUGCGGGUAGAGGGCACUGACCGAGACGAGGCCUACCUCACCAUCGAGGGGUCAGAGGACAGGAAGAGUAUCAAGACAGUGAACCAACUGGCCCAUGCCCUGCAUAUGGAAGCCAUGCUAGACUCAGGAUGUCUCGUGAAGGUGUUCUGGCCUAAGUCCAGGUGUGCCCUGCUGAGGGAUGACUUAGUUCUCAUGGACAGCCCGGGGACAGAUGUAACUUCAGAAGUGGACAGCUGGAUCGAUAAGUUCUGUUUGGAUGCUGAUGUCUUUGUGCUGGUUGGCAAUGCAGAGUCCACACUGAUGAACACAGAAAAACUGUUCUUCCACAAAGUGAGCGAGCGGAUAUCUAAACCAAACAUCUUCAUUCUGCACAACCGCUGGGACGCCUCUGUGUCAGAACCUGAGUACAUUGAUGAAGUGCGUAAGCAGCACACGGACCGCUGUGUGAACUUCCUGUCGGAGGAGCUGAGGGUGGUCAGUCCGGAGGAGGCCCCUGGGAGGAUCUUCUUUGUGUCGGCCAAAGAGGUUCUGAGCUCCAGGACGCACCGGGCCCAAGGCAUGCCCGAGACAGGUGGUGCUCUGGCAGAAGGUUUCAACGAGAGACUCAGCGAGUUUCAGAGGUUCGAGAGGACAUUUGAGGAGUUCAUCUCCCAGUCUGCAGUCAAAACCAAGUUUGAGCAGCACACGGUUAGAGCCUGGCAAAUCAUCGAGGCGGUCAAAGCUGUCAUGGACUCCAUCAACAUCAACUCAGCUGAAAGGAAGAUCUAUUCUCUGGAAGAGAGAGAGGAGCAGAGGGACCGGUUGGAGUUUGUCCGCGGCCAGCUUAACCGUCUAACCGAAAACAUCAAAGAGGGGAUCAAGGCUCUCACAGAAGAAGUGGCUGCCAAGGUUGCGAAAGCAAUUGCAGAGCAGACCAGCUGCCUUCCCUCGCUGGUUGAUGAGUUCAGCACAGAUUUUAACCCAACGCCAAACACAUUAACAGCCUACAAAGCAAAGCUGAUUGUCCAUGUGGAGGACAGGAUGAACAGUUCUUUGGGCUACCGUUGUUCUAAGGGGAUCAUUGGCAGUGUGCAAUCUUCCCAGAAAAACAUGAUUGAGAGUAUUCGCCCAUUGCUGCCCCCUGUUGUGCAGGAGCAGCUGCAUAUCCACUUACCUAGCCGGAAGUUUGACCUGAACUAUGACCUCAGUCUAGCUGCCCUUUGCACAGACUUCCAGGAGAACAUAGAGUUCCAGUUCUCUCUUGGCUGGACAGCAUUGGUCAGCCGAUUCAUCGGUCCCUCUGGUGCCAAACAAGCCUUGACAGGCAUGGAGCAGAGAUUAGGCCAACAGACUGCCUCCUCCUCUGGUCCACUCAGCCUUCAGACUCAGAGGGAGAAUAACCCAGGAAAUGAACUGGUCUUCUCCAUGGCGACUGGUCUGGUGUCACUAACUUCCCGGGCCUCCAUGACUGUGCUUGUCAUUGGCGGAGUGGUGUGGCGUUCAGUCGGCUGGAGGCUGAUCGCUCUGUCCGUGUCGCUCUACGGCCUGCUCUACCUGUAUGAGAAGCUCACAUGGACCAACGCCUCCAGGGAGAGAGUCCUCAAGCAGCAGUUUGUGGAGCACGCCACACAGCGGUUGAAGGCCAUUGUCCCCAUGACAAGCAGAGGCUGCAGCCAACAGGUUUAUCAGGAGUUGACAGAGACAUUUGCACGUCUGUGUCAGCGAGUUGAUGUGAGUGAGGUGGAGCUGGAGGGCCAAAUCCGCCACCUGAGUUCCAGGAUCCAGAGACUGGAGAAGGUCCAGCAACGCUCCAAAGCUCUGAGAAACAGAGCCACAGACCUGGAGUCUAAGCUUGAUGCCUUUUCUGUCCAGUAUCUUCAAGGACAUGGGAGGAGCUGAGCAACUGAUGAACACAAAUACACAAAUAUCUAAAAAUCACCAGAACAGCAUUUUUCCAUCUACGUAAUAUUGCCAAAAUACGAAA